GCCUCUUCAGGAUCUCUGCCGUCAGUGCACUACGUUUCGGGAAGCGCAAAGAGUAGAGUGGAGCAAGCCUUUCCAGGAUAGACCUCUGGAAGUGACAGAAAGGAGAGGUGUAACAUGUUGUUAAAUCCAGUAAUAUCCAAGCUGAGUGGAAAGCUUGUUGUCCUGGCAAGCGCAUCUCCACGACGUCUGGAGAUUUUAUCUAAUGCUGGUUUACGGUUCGAGGUGGUUCCUUCUUGGUUUAAAGAAACAUUGGACAAAUCCUUGUUUAAGAACCCAUAUGACUAUGCAGUGGAGACAGCCAAACAGAAGGCUUUGGAAGUGGCUCACCGAAUGCCAUUUAAACACUUGAAAAGUCCAGAUGUUGUAAUUGGAGCAGACACUGUUGUGACAGUUGAUGGUUUGAUCUUGGAGAAGCCUACAGAUAAAGAAGAUGCUUACCGUAUGCUUUCUAGGUUGAGUGGUAAGGAACAUAGCGUCUUCACGGGUGUAGCUAUUGUGCUCUGCCAUGACAAGAGUGGUUCAGAUACAGACUACAAAGUGGUUGAUUUUUAUGAAGAGACAAAAGUAAAAUUUGCAGAAUUAUCCGAGGAGAUGCUCUGGGAAUACAUCAACAGUGGAGAGCCCAUGGACAAGGCUGGUGGUUACGGGAUCCAGGCUUUGGGUGGCAUGUUGGUAGAGUAUGUGAAAGGAGAUUUCCUUAAUGUGGUAGGCUUCCCUCUUAACCACUUCUGCAAGCAGCUGGGAUUGAUUUUUAACAGCCCACCUGAAAGUCCAGCCCACAAGGUCAAACGGGAAUCAGAUGAGGCCUGGACUCUGGUUAACAGUCUGUCUGAAGGUGCCGCAAACGAGGAGGUUGAGCUAUUGGAAAAUGGUAAAGAUUGUCGGAUGUCAAUGCAAGAACAGAAUGUGAUUGGGAUGGAGUGCAGCAGACAGCACAUCCCCCACAGCAUCAUCAGUUUACUGAAUGGGUUCAAAGCUUCAAAGACUCUAUUCACAGCAUCCAAACUGAAGGUGUUUGAUGUAUUGAACAGCUCUAACAGUCUGACAUUAGAAGAGGUAGCUGGCCAAAUCAACGCCUCUGUUUUAGGCACUGAGAGGCUUUUGGAAGCUGCUGUCUCUUUAGGGCUUCUAGAAUGGGUCAAACAGCAAAAUACCAGUGUGUAUAGAAAUACAGAACAGGCCAGUCGCUUCCUGGUAUCAGACAGCCCAGAGUCAUUGAAUGGAUACAUUCUCCACUGCAAUGAUAUGGUGUGGCCUCUCUUCAGCCAUCUAGAGAACGCUGUCAGGGAGGGCACCAGCCAACAUGAGCGAGCGUUUGGGAAGAAGAAUGAGGAGGUGUUUCAGGAUGCCUUCUACAGUAAAGAUGAAGUUAAGAUACGAUUCAUGGAUGCAAUGCACAGCAUCGCAAGGGUGACUGGAAAAGAUGUGGCAACAGCGUUUGAACUUUCUCCCUACAAAACAGCUUGUGACAUUGGAGGUUGCACUGGUGCCAUGGCAUACGAGUUUACAAAAGCGCAUCCUGGACUGUCGGUUAUUGUAUUUGACUUGCCACAAGUCAUUGAGAUGAGACGCCACUUUCAGCCUAAAGAAACUGAUGACAGAGUGUCAUUUGUUGCAGGAGAUUUCUUUAAAGAUGACCUGCCUAAAGCAGACCUGUAUAUUCUUGCACGAAUCCUCCAUGAUUGGUCUGAUGAGAAACUGCACGUAUUAUUGAGUAAACUGUCCAAAAUGUGCACACCAGGUUGUGGGCUUCUGGUGUCUGAGAUCUUCCUGGAUGAGGAAAGGAAAAGGCCAAGCCGAGCCCUGUUGCAAGCUCUCAGUAUGACAGAAGGAAAGCAGAGGAGCCCCACCGAAUACAGUGACGUACUGGAGAAGCAUGGCUUCACUCCCAAACACAUCAAACACACGGACAACCUGCUGGAUGCCAUGCUAUUUGUGAAAGAAGACCCAAAUGACAAAAGAACAUUACUAGGCUGUUCUUCAGCAUCCAUUGAGACUGCAGAACUUGAGUGAUAUAACGACUGCAGCAUUUUGGCAACACUACAGUUGACUUAUUCUAGCUCAAUGUUUUAGCUGUGUUCAAAUAUUAUGAACGUUUCUGACCUAAAUGCUCGAAAUAAGUGUUUGUACAUGAUUAUUAUUAAUUCCAGAAACAGUUUUUAACUGUGAAUGUUGUAUAUUGAAUUAAAUAUGGUUUU